AUGUUUCAAGCUAAAAUUCCAACCACGACUGCCACAGGCCAUGAUUCUGCCUGUAGUCCUGCAGCAAGUGUGGUUCAGAGGUCAAAGUCCUUCAGUAUGAAGCCUGCUGUUAAAGAACUCUGCUCAUCCUGUCAGACGACUGUGUACCCUAUGGAGAGACUAGUCGCCGACAAGCACAUCUUCCACAACAGAUGCUUCUGCUGUAAGCACUGCAGUACCAAGCUGAGCCUUGGCUCCUACGCUGCCCUCCAUGGUGAAUUUUACUGCAAACCUCACUUCCAGCAACUCUUCAAGAGCAAAGGAAACUACGACGAAGGAUUUGGACGCCGCCCUCACAAGGAUCUCUGGACCCACAAGGAACAAGAGGCUCCUGGUGAUAAAGCUCCUUGA